AUGAAAUUGGUAAUUCUUGUGGUGUUUCUUGCACGUAUUGCAUUUGCCAGUAACUCGUCCUGUCGGGUGACGUCACUAAAAUAUGAAAAACAAUCACAGAUAACGCCAAUACUUGAAAAACACGAAGCGCUUCUUUUAAUGUUCCUUGGUUUUGGAGGUCUAUCGUUCACCUUAGGGAUAGUCCACUUUGCAGUUCGCCGAUAUAUCUAUCGUGAUGCACAUAGCUUAGAUACAGUUUUUGACGCCGGUGGAAAAGUAACACUAGGUCUUACAGCUGUCACAGUGGCAUCGCAAAUGUUAUGGCCGUCUGACUUUCUACAAAGUGCUACAAUCAUGAGUAAGACAGGACUGGGAGGCUCAUUAUUUUAUGCAGUAUCAAUUGUGUUGGAUAUUUUAAUGUUCCCGGUACUUUCAUUAACACUUAAGACUAGGGCACCGGGUGCUAAAACUUUCCUGCAGAUUAUUUACGCACGCUUUGGAAAAGGAGCACAUAUUGUGUUUUGUUGUAUUGCACUGUUUACUAAUUCAAUAACAGUGAUGGCGCUUAUCUUAGCAGCUAGAGCCGCCAUUUAUGUUCUAGUGAAGGAUGUUUCGGACGAAAUGAUUCUUCUUUUGUUGGCUUUUCUUUUUGGUUCAUAUUGUUUUAUUGGUGGACUUGGUACUACCUUUUACAUAUCAUAUUUUAACACGGCUUUGACAUUCGUCAGUGUUCUAGUGUUUAUUGUACAUGUUACAUAUAAAGAAACUGAUAACAUAUUCGUAAUGAAGGAAAAUAUGUACGAGGCCAUGAAAUGUGUACACGGUCCUGAUGGUAAUUAUCAAAACUCAUUUAUGACAUUUAGAUCUCGAGGAGGUUUGAUAUUUGGAGUAGUUAUGUUUCUAAUGUCAACAUCGGUGAGUUUUUUAGACCAAGCAAACUGGCAAAGUCGAAUUGCAGCCAAGCCCUUCCAGGGUGUUGCAGGCUUUUUCAUUGCUGCCUACCUUUGGUUUGCUAUUCCAUUGACGAUUACUAUUACGUCAACUACAGUUUACAUGUCCAUGAGCUAUCAGAAUGGAACACAUCUACUGAGCCCUUUAGAUAUAGAUUCUGGAUUUAUUACUCCAUAUGUAAUGGAAGCUGUGAUGGGUAAGACAGGAGCUUACAUGUUGAUUACCAUGGUAACGAUGGCAUUGAUGUCCACAGGUUCAGGGGAAGUAAUGGCCGUAUCAUCGAUAAUAGUUUAUGAUAUUUAUAAGGUUUAUAUCAAUCCAUACAGGAAAGGUAUAUAUAUAACACAGUGUCCAUUGUGCGGGAAAGAAAAGUCGCAUACAGAUAAUACAGCAAACUCAGACCAGAUCUGUAAAUGUCCUUCAGUUUUUACAUGUAAAGCCUGUGAAAAAGAUGUCGUUGUCCGACUGAAGGCUGAGCAAUUGAUGCAUCCAUACGAAUGUAGUGUUCAUGGUCGGUAUCGACGAUAUGAAGACGAACUAUUACACUACAAAAGCUGGUGCAUGAUAUUGGUAACAAUUGCCAUAGUGCCAUAUGGACUCCUUAUUAUUAACAGUGGUGUAAAUUUAAACUGGGUUAUUUUUACACUGCAGGGUGUUCUCAACGCAUUUCCCUUUCCACUUCUAAUGACUAUUGUAUGGUCAAAGUGUACAGCAAAAGCAGUAAUUACAGGUAGUAUAAUGGGAGUAUUUGGAUAUGUUGCUGGAGUACUAAUUGUAGCCGAGUUAAUGUAUGAAGGAGGGUUAGGUAACUUUCUAACCAAUACUUCCUCAGAUUACAGCCUAUUAGGAGGAAUAACUUCCGCUGUAAUCAUGAGUGUCAGUUCUACAAUAAUCAUAUCGCUCUGCACACAUAAUAUUAAGACAAUACAUGAUGCUGAAAGGGUUUGGGAUAAAACGCUAUCAAUUGACAAUCCGCUUAAUCCUUGGAGAUGCAUUUACGGAGAAGAACUUGCAAAUAUAAAUGUUUCAGAAGAUAUCAAAGUUAAUACAACUCAUAUGACCAAAAUUUUCAGAAGCGCACGGAUACUGGCAGUAGUUGGUGGUUUAAUAAGUUUUGUGAUAUUUGGAGUAGUCAUUCCUGCCAACGUUUUAUCAUUAGAAAUAUUGACUUUUGAUCAGUUUUCAUCAUGGACGUUUGCUUGUCAAGUCUGGGUAAUAAUUGCUGCUGCGUUUGCUAUAGUGGUGCCUCCAGUCGAGGAAACAGUACAAAUUGUAAGGUUCUAUAUCAGGAACAAGCGAAACGAGUUUCUUAAUAAGGAAGAAUAUACGCUUUCUGGGAGUAAGCAAAGCUUGGUAGAUAUAGAAUAUUGAGUGUUUACAUCGAUGAAAAAUAAAAAUUUGGGAGCUACUGUC